AUGGCGACAACAAUGGCCUUCCGCACCAUUCAUACUAGAAAUGCAGCCUUUCAUACGCAAGUGAUUUGUAAACGCUCCAUUUCAUCGAAACCUCUCCCUCGUCAAGCUACGACAUAUGCCCCCAAUCAUGUCUCUGCAACUACAGACAAUCUCUCAUUCCCAGAGGCCUCUCACCCAUCUGGUCUUCCGGAAACACCGGUGCAAGCACCUCUCUCAAUCCUCCCUUUAAGCUCCGUCCUAAGGUCUUUGGCCAUCACAACUGUCUCUUCCUCGCCAGUAGGUAGGAUUAUCUUUCAAGCUGAUCUUCUCACUAAUUGUAUGACCUAGUUGCUUCUUCCCCCUUCCCUUGCGGUCACCUCAAUGCUGGCUCACUCAACAUCACCUAUCCUAUCUCCAGAUAAGAACCCAAUUCUUCGAUUCUUACUCAAGCACACAUUUUAUCGUCAAUUCUGUGCUGGAGAAGAUCCCGCUGAAGUCCAAAACACAAUCAGCGGUAUGAAAGAAUUGGGGUUUAAGGGUGUAAUCUUGGGAUAUGCCAAAGAGGUGGUAAUGGACGAAGCACAAGCAGAUUCCUUGACAUCAUGCGGAAGUUCCGAGGCCUUGGAAACCUGUAUCCGAGACGAAAUCAUUCCUUGGAAGGAAGGAUCCGUUGAGACGGUCAAAUUGGCAGGUCCCGAUGAUUUCGUUGCCCUCAAAUUUACCGGGGCUGGAAGUCAAGCUCUCUAUGACUUGAAGCAACAAGCCGAUCCAUCACCCGCUCUCAAAGAAGCAAUCGACUCUAUUUGCGAAUUGGCGGCCGCUCGUGGUACCCGUAUCCUCUUUGAUGCCGAACAACAGGCUAUUCAAGCUGGUAUCGACGCCUGGACCUUGGACUACAUGCGAAAAUACAACAACAGAACCCCCGGGAAAGCAGUCAUUUAUGGAACUUACCAAGCAUAUCUCAAAGCCACUCCCAAAAUCCUAGCUUCCCAUCUCGCAACAGCACGAAAUGAGAACUUUACCCUGGGCGUUAAGCUUGUACGAGGCGCAUAUUUAGGGUCCGAUCCAAGACAUCUGAUCCAUGAUACCAUUGAAGACACGCACGCAGCCUACAAUGGCAUCGCCUCCUCCCUCGCAACCCGCACUUACGGCCCGUCUCUCCAGCCACAAGCUGGCGAGACCAAAUUCCCAUCCAUCAAUGUGGUUCUCGCGGGUCACAACCACACCUCGGUUCGCCAAAUCCAGGAUCUUAGAACGCAGCAGGUGCGAAAUGGGGAGAAGCAGACCGAUCUAGUGUACGCUCAAUUGCAAGGUAUGGCGGAUGAAAUUAGCUGCGAGUUGGUGCAGGCAAGUAGGAAGGGAGGCAAGGAUGUCGAUGUACCGAUGGCAUAUAAAUAUGCGGUCUGGGGAACGACGGGCGAGUGUAUGAAGUACCUCUUGCGAAGAGCUCAUGAGAAUAAGCAGGCGGUUCAACGAACGAGGAAUGGGAGGGAUGCUAUGCGGAAGGAAGUUUUGAGAAGAGGCAAGGCUUUCUUUGGGUUAGUUUGAGCUCGGUUUUAAGGGCGUGGGAGGUUGGUAGGCGGUACGUCGGUAUCCACACCUACCUGAUUGGGACCUUUUCCUCCCUUGGAGUGAUCUCUCAUCGAUUCGAUGACUCUAUAUUUCUUCGCUGGUCUCUUUUGCUUUUACUUUUAGCGGGUUGUUUCUGUUAGGCGUUCAUAGGUAGAUCAUGAUACAGACUAUGCAAUACAGUGGCAUGCGAUGAGUUAGUACUACAUUCUCACAUACAACGAAUAAUA